AUGGAGAGUGGUACUACUGAGCACAACGGUGAUAUGCUAAGUUCCCAUUUGCCAGAGUCAAGUUCUCAUUAUAUACCCAUCAAGCUAGAAGAGUAUGAACCUCCAGUCUUCAGUACCAAGAACCUCCUCAAAAAAGCCAAGGAGACCUCCCAGUGUGACCGCCGAAGCAUCGUCACUUUGUUCUUCAGGCUGUUCCCUGUAUUUGAGUGGCUUCCUUGUUACAGUGUCAAGGAGCAGCUGCUUGGGGACAUCAUCUCUGGCUUACUGGUUGGGAUAGUUGCCAUCCCACAGUCAAUCUCCUAUUCCAUCCUAGCAAGCCAGGAUCCUAUUUAUGGGCUCUACACCAACUUCUUCUGUGCCAUUGUCUACUUUUUCAUGGCUACCUCACAUCAUAAUUGUGUUGGCUCUUUCGGGGUCCUUUGCUUGAUGAUUGGGGAAUCGGUAAACCGGCAACUCAAGUUGGCAGGAUUUGAAUCUGGUGUUGAUGCUUCCUCACUGGUAAAUACCACACUGAAUGGAACAGUCGCCUGUGACAAAAGCUGUUAUGCUAUCACUGUGGCAACCUCUUUAACUUUUCUGGUUGGCCUUUACCAGGUUCUUCUUGGGGUUUUCCAACUAGGCUUCAUAUCCAUAUAUCUUUCGGAACCCCUUCUAAGUGGCUUUGUGACUGGAUCCUCCCUGACUAUCCUUACUUCCCAAAUGAGUCUCCUACUGGGUCUAAAAAUUCCUCGCCAUGAUGGCGUGGGGUCUCUUAUCCUAACAUGGAUUGAGAUCUUCAGAUACAUCUGGCAGACUAACAUCUGUGACCUGGUCACCAGCCUGAUCUCUCUCAUCCUCAUUGUGCCAAUAAAGGAAAUCAACAGCUUGUAUAAGGAUAAGAUGAAAGCCCCCUUUCCCAUGGAACUUUUGGUGGUCAUUGCAGGUACUCUGCUGUCGUAUUUCUUUAAUUUCGAAGAGCGAUACAAAUCUAAGAUCUGUGGCAGCAUCCCCACUGGUUUCAAGCAACCUGUCGUGCCUGAUCUGAGCCUUUUGUCAAAUAUGGCACUUGAUGCUCUACCCAUUGCCAUCAUUGGUUUUGCAAUGACUGUCUCACUGUCAGAAAUAUUUGGCAAGAAGCAUGGCUACCCCGUGCGAGCCAACCAAGAGAUGAUUGCCAUUGGCAUGGGGAACCUGAUCCCGUCUUUCUUCUACUGCUUUGCUAGCUGUGCAGCUUUAUCAAAGACCUUGUUGAAAGAAUCCACAGGAUGCCAUACUCAGAUCUCGAGCCUGAUAUCUUCAUUUGUGUUGCUUCUGGUGUUGCUGUGGAUUGCCCCACUUUUCUACUCACUGCAGACCUGUAUCUUGGGGGUGGUGACUAUUGUUAACCUCAGGGGUGGCCUGAGGAAGUUUGCUGACACUCCCAAGAUGUGGCAGAUUAGCAAGAUAGAUACUGUGAUCUGGUGGGUCACCAUGCUGUCCUCAUCGUUGAUCUCCACAGAGCUGGGCCUUCUGAUAGGGGUCUGUUUUUCUCUCCUCUGCAUAAUUUUCCGCACCCAGAGGCCCCGAGCCACCCUUUUAGGAAAAGUGAGCAACUCAGAAAUCUAUGAGGACCAGUUCAAUUACAAGAGGAUCAACAGUGUUGCCAAUAUCAAAAUCUUCCGCUUUGAUACCUCCCUUUACUAUGCAAACAAGGACUACUUCAAAAGUUCACUCUUUGAGAAAACAGGAGUGAAUCCUUCCUUGGUUGCUGCCAUGCAGCAAAAGGCUGAAGCAAAACCAAAAGGGCAAAAAAAUGAAAGCUGCUUUUCUUCGAAGUUUAACUGCCUAAAGGUCACCAAGAAAAUAGCCAAAAAGGCAUCAACAGAUGUUCCUGUGCCAUCCUUCGACAUGCACACCUUAAUUAUUGACUGUGGUGCCAUGCAGUUUUUAGAUAGUGUUGGCCUGAGUGUACUGAAGGAGACUCGCCAAGACUAUAAGAAAAUUGGAAUCCAGGUCCUGUUGGCCAAUUGCAAUCCAUCUCUCCGUCACUUACUCCAGGCAGGUGGUUGGCUCACUGGGAUGGAGGAUACAGAGCUACUCUUUCAUAGCAUACAUGCUGCUGUGCAGUUUGCAGAGAAACAAUCCAAAGCUCAGAGGCAGAGUAAAAUGGCUGAGGAUUACUUCCUCAGCCCUGAGGCGCAGGAUUGCUCCAAAGACUCAAAUCCGAGCCGGAGAUCUCCGCUCAUCGUCUGCACCUCACUCCGUCAACCGCCGGCCGCAUCGCACUGCGCCACGCUGCCUCAACUCUGUGCUUCGCUUCAACCCGAGAUCCGUGCCUCGCCACCCCACUCUUUGCUGCCCAGCUCCUCGCUUCGCAACACCGAGCACCGUGCCUCACCGCUCCGCCUCCGCCAGCUCCACUCGCUCCGCCUCAUGUCGGAAACCAACACCAACGCCAGCCCUGCGUCCACCUCUUCUACUUCCUCUGCUUCGGGAAUGGCCACUGCUGCUCCUGUUGGAACCUCCCACGAGGGCAUCGCCCCCUUCAACUUGGCUCAACCAGAACUCUAUGCGAAGAACUACGCGCAGGGGCCACCCUGGAUUCCCGCGCGAGUGGUACGGGUGCGAGGACCUCGAUCCUACGAGGUCUCCUGUGAGGAUGGCCAACUACUCCACCGCCACAUUGACCAGCUGCGGCGCCGGGUCCUCCCAGACGAUCCCGUGGACCUGGAGCCCACCGAGCCAGAUGAAGCGUCAGUCCCCGAGCCAGCACGUCAGAUCCCAGCCUCCGUUCCCGUCCAGGUCACCUCGGAGCCCCCGGAGCUGCCACCACCAACGCCACCACCUGCCUCUCUGCCACGGGCUCCCAAGGCAAGCCCGACCGGCGCCCCGGAGCCGCGCCACUCCACGAGGGCUCGGAAGCCCCCGACGUACCUACAGGACUUUGUGUAUGCUUCACCUGCUCAGGUGCUCAGGAGCACUGUCAAGGCCACCUGGGAUGCUGCCACCCUUGAGAUGUGGGACUUGCUGCAGACCUGCUGGUGCCUGGCUGACUAUUUUUCAUGCCGCAUCAAGUCUGCCUGUCUGCUGUAUGAGAGGAAGGGGUAG